GUAUGUGUUGUCAUAUAGGUUGACAGUUUAAAAAACCGCAUUUUACAAUGUCUCUAGUCGACUUACUUAUGAACAGCAGUAGGAGCAAUGUGACGAACGAAUUGGUAUAUGUAUUAUAUAAGCUUGAGCAGUCUAUUUCUGUAGCUUGGAAAGUCAAGGCGCAUCUCAUAAUAAGCGCACUAUGAUGCUGAUGUAGUUAAGAAGAGUCUGUGUGACAACGGUCAACCAACCGAUGCCUUACUUUCCGCCUGCGUUAAUCUUGAGAGUUUAGUGUUUCGCUAUUAAUUCAAGUUGAAAUAAUACGUUCAGUGUGGUGUUUGUUGAGAAAGAAAUCAAAACUUUGUAAAUAGAGGAAAAUUGGCCAAGCUAGAAAUGCAUGAACAAGACCAAGAAUCCCAGGCGAUGCAACUACAAAGCACGAGAACCUGUCAAAGGUCCGAUCUGCAAAAAUGGCCCGAUAUGAUAAGAGAUUUCAUCAUGCCUGCCGUAUGCGCGGGGGUAGCAACAUGCUUUUGACUCGUCUCCAGUUCGCACGCACUUCUUUUUCCUCUGUGCCUCAUCACUACAGAACUACAAUUCUUCGCACCAUGGCAACCAUGAAAGCAGUCGUUGUUGAACAGCCCGGUGCUCCUGACAAGUUGGUUUACAAGGACAUUCCUCGUCCACAGGCCAAUGAAAACACGGUUGUCAUUAAGAACCACGCUAUCGGUAUCAACUACAUUGAUACUUAUCAUCGAAGCGGUCUUUAUGCUCUUCCUUUGCCUUUUGUUGUGGGCCGCGAGAGUGCUGGCGAAAUUACAGAAGUUGGCUCUGGCGUUAAUGAUUUCAAAGUUGGUGAUCGCGUCGUAUACGUUGGUGGCGAGACUUAUUCAGAGUACACCGAGGCCAAGCUUGCGAGCAUCGAAAAAAUCACUAGUGAUGUGUCGUUCGAGACGGCUGCUGCCGUAGGUCUUCAAGGACUGACUGCGCUAACGCUUGUUCGUCAUUGCUAUCCAGUCCAAAAAGGAGAUAACAUACUUGUACAUGCGGCAAGUGGUGGUGUCGGCCUUUUGUUAUGUCAACUCGGUCGAUAUUUGGGUGCUACUGUGAUUGGCACUGUUAGCACACCCGAAAAAGCUGCACUGGCGCGCGAGAAUGGUGCUGACCAUGUCAUCAUCUAUACCAAAGAAUCAGUCGUCGACAAAGUGAACGAGAUUACAAAUGGGUUGGGUUGUCACGCUGUGCUGGACGGUGUUGGCAAGUCCACAUGGGAAACGUCUUUGCAAUGUACACGUCGCCUUGGAACCAUGGUUUCAUUUGGAAAUGCAUCUGGCGUGGUUCCCCCGGUUUCUAUUUCAAUCCUGGCUCAAAAGAAUCUAAAACUGAUGCGACCACAGGUGUUUGGAUUCCUGGCCACGCGAGAAGAGUCAAAGAGAUGGUGGGGUGAACUUUUUGACCUGCUUGCUAAGGAUGUCAUCAAGACGAACAUUUACAAGGUUUAUGAUUUGAAGGAUGCCCAACAAGCCCACAUUGAUAUCGAAAGCCGAAAAACUACCGGCAAACUUUUGCUUAAGCCAUAGAUGACUUUAGCCGCGUUGUAUCAUAUGAAAGGAAACUGCACAUCAACAGUAUGUAUGCAAAAUAAACCAUUUCUAGGGAGUCUAUUUUCUUAGAUACAUUAUAC